GUGUAAUUUUUUUUAAAGUUUAGUGAUUUAGUAAAAAUAAACAAAAAAAGUAAAAUCAUAUAACGAAAAUUUGAAACCACAUUGUUAAUUCUUAGCUAUUUUUCUAUUCAUACAAGGGAACAACCUUGGCCACAAAACCUCAACUCAAACAAGCUAAAGAUGACGGAGUAGAAACUGAAACGACGCCAUGUUUGUCCUACACAGAAUGGCUUCAUCGUCGCGUCCUCUCUUCGGUUCAUCUCUCCGAUUACCAAUAAAGCCUUCAGUUUCAUCUUCCUCUAUACUCUUUAACCCCAUCUCCAAGCAAUUUUAUAGCCGAAAAUCCCAAUCGAUUUAUCUUUUCAAGAAACCCCAUUAUCGCUUCUCAUCGUCGCCGGCCGCCGUUGCCACCGAUCCUGGUACUGCCGUUGCCGCCGAGGAAAGUAACGCUUCGGAUGACGUUCCUAAGGAGGUGGAGAAAGUAGUCCUUCCUACUAAUGAAUCGUCAGAGACACUCCUCAGAAUUCGUCAUACAUGUGCUCAUGUCAUGGCUAUGGCAGUUCAAAAAGUAUUCCCAGAUGCCAAAGUAACAAUUGGUCCAUGGAUCGAACACGGAUUUUACUAUGAUUUUGAUAUCGAGUCUUUGACUGAUAAAGAUCUCAAGAAGAUUAAAAAGGAGAUGGAUCGUAUCAUUGGUCGAAACUUACCUCUAGUGAGAGAAGAAGUGACAAGGGACGAAGCUCACAAAAGAAUAACAUCCAUUAACGAACCUUACAAAUUGGAAAUCUUGGAAAGCAUCAAGGAAGAACCUAUCACCAUAUAUCACAUUGGUGAUGAAUGGUGGGACCUUUGUGCGGGCCCACAUGUUGAAACUACUGGAAAUAUCAACAGACGAGCUGUACAACUUGAAUCUGUAGCUGGUGCUUAUUGGAGAGGAGAUGUAAAUAAACCAAUGCUUCAAAGAAUCUAUGGAACUGCAUGGGAGAAUGAAGAACAAUUGAAAGCAUAUUUACACUUUAAAGAAGAAGCUAAACGUCGUGACCACAGACGCCUUGGUCAAGAUCUUGACCUCUUUUCCAUACAGGAUGAUGCGGGAGGAGGGUUAGUGUUUUGGCAUCCAAAAGCAAAAGCAGAGCUUUGGAGCAUUAGUGGACAUUUAGACUUCUACAAAGAAAACAUGUAUGACCAAAUGAACAUUGAGGAAGAACUUUAUCAACUUCGACCCAUGAAUUGCCCUUACCAUAUUUUAAUCUACAAACGAAAGCCUCACUCAUAUCGCGAUUUCCCAAUUCGGGUUGCAGAGUUAGGAACCGUUUACAGAUACGAAUUAUCCGGUAGCUUACACGGGCUUUUUCGUGUACGUGGCUUCACUCAGGAUGAUGCACAUAUCUUUUGUUUAGAGGAUCAAAUAAAAGACGAAAUCAAGGGUGUGUUGGAUCUUACAGAGCAAAUGUUGCUUCAAUUUGGGUUUGACAAAUAUGAAGUCAACCUUUCGACUAGGCCUGAGAAAGCAGUAGGAGAUGAUGAGAUAUGGGUGAAAGCCACUGGUGCACUUAAGGAUGCUUUGACUGAUAAAGGGUGGGCUUAUGAGGUUGAUGAAGGUGGUGGUGCGUUUUAUGGCCCAAAGAUUGAUCUCAAGAUUGAAGAUGCCCUUGGUAGGAAGUGGCAAUGCUCCACCAUACAGGUUGACUUUAACUUGCCACAACGUUUUGACAUCACAUAUAUCGAUUCAAAUUCAGAGAAAAAGAGGCCGAUUAUGAUCCAUAGAGCAGUUCUUGGAUCUUUGGAGAGGUUUUUUGGAGUGCUUAUAGAACAUUAUGCAGGAGAUUUUCCAUUGUGGCUCUCUCCAAUUCAAGCUCGGAUUCUACCAGUCACUGAUACACAGCUUGAAUACUGCAAAGAUGUUGUGGAGAAGAUGAAAGGUUGUGGUAUACGGGUGGAGUUGUGCACGGGUGAGAGAUUACCAAAGCUUAUUAGAAAUGCAGAGAAGAUGAAGAUACCAUUAAUGGCUGUUGUGGGGCCCAAGGAGGUGGAGACAGGGUGUGUUACUGUUAGGUCUAGGUUUGGUGGGGAGCUUGGAACCAUGGAGGUUGAUGAUUUUAUUGGGAGGAUAAAGAAUGCUGUUGAGAAUCGAACAUUUGUUUGAUUAGUGAUUUUUGGUGUAAACACAAAAUGUAGAACAAUUAUACACGAAUAAUUACACAAUUAGUGUUUGAGAAAUUCUUGGAUAGUGUUAUUGUAAUCUUUUCAUUUUGUUUUUAACUUUUAAAUAAUUUAGAAGUCAUAAACAUUGAAGUACAAGAUCGUUAAAUAUAUAUGUUGGAUCAUCAAAACAUGAGAAUGGCAAUAAAAUUAAAAACCAC